CAGUAGCAGAGAACCAGUUAGAGUAAUACCAUGGCUUCCAAGCUGUGGACGAUCUUGGGUUUCCCCUGGAUUUCAGUGACUUUAUAUCAGAUCCUGCAGUUAGUUUUCCUGCUCUGUUUGGCUCUUCUGCUGCAAAAAUUGAUUUCACUUUAUAAAAGAUGGAGAAAACUGAAAACAGCUUUUCAAAGCUUUCCUGGGCCCCCGGGUCACUGGCUGUUUGGACAUGUCAAGGAGUUUCGCCGCGAUGGCAAGGAUCUGGAUAAGUUAGUCGCUUGGAUGAAUCAAUAUCCAGAUGCUUUCCCUUUGUGGGUUGGUAAACUAUUUGGUCACCUGACCGUCACAAACCCAGAAUAUGCCAAGGUUGUGCUUGGAAGAUCAGAUCCCAAAACAUCUACUGGUUAUAGGUUCCUGAUUCCUUGGAUUGGGAAGGGGCUGCUAGUUCUAUCUGGGGAGACUUGGUUCCAGCACCGCCGGCUGCUUACCCCAGGGUUUCACUAUGAUGUAUUGAAACCUUAUGCCAAAUUAAUCUCUGAUUCUACAAAUGUCAUGCUGGAUAAAUGGGAGAGUCUCUGCAAUGAGAAGACAUCUGUGGAGUUAUUUCAUCACGUGAGCUUAAUGGCGUUGGAUAGCAUCAUGAAAUGCGCCUUCAGUUACAAGAGCAACUGCCAGACUGACAAAGAUAAUGCCUAUAUCCAUGCUGUGUUUGACCUCUCAUAUCUGAUCAGUCAAAGAUCCCGAACGUUCCCAUAUCACAGUGACCUGAUCUACUGCCUGAGUCCACAAAGUUUCCAUUUCCGCAAAGCCUGCAGGAUUACGCAUCAGCACACAAAUAACGUUAUUGCUCAGAGAAAAAAACUUCUUGAAAACAAAGAAGAAAUGGAGAAAGUCAAACAGAAGAGAUAUUUGGACUUUCUGGACAUUCUGCUCUGUGCCACGGAUGAAAAAGGUAACGGUUUAUCAGAUGAAGAUCUGCGAGCUGAAGUGGACACAUUCAUGUUUGCGGGACAUGAUACCACAACCAGUGGGAUCUCCUGGAUCUUGUACUGCAUGGCCAAGUACCCCGAGCACCAGAAGAAGUGUCGGGAGGAGAUCAGAGCGUUCCUAGGAGAAAGAGACACCAUGGACUGGGAAGACCUCAGUAAGAUGGCCUAUACCACAAUGUGCAUCAAGGAAAGCCUCCGUCUCUACCCUCCUGUGCCAAUCAUAUCCAGAGAGCUUGCCAAGCCAAUCACAUUCUACGAUGGGCGGUCUUUACCUGCAGGCACUGUAGUAUUGGUAAAUAUUUAUUGCAUUCACCGGAACCCCAAUGUAUGGAAGGACCCUGAGGUAUUUGAUCCUCAACGGUUUUCCUUAGAAAAUUCCUCCAAUAGGCACCCUCACGCUUUUGUGCCGUUUUCUGCAGGACCAAGAAACUGCAUUGGACAAGCCUUUGCCAUGAAUGAAAUGAAAGUGGCCGUGGCUCUGACACUAAACCGGUUUGAGAUUUUACCGGAUCUUGCUAACACCCCUUUGAAAUUACCACAAAUUAUUCUGCGAUCCAAGAAUGGCAUCCAUGUGUACCUAAAGAAGGCAAGCUGAGUCUGCAGUCAGUCCUAUCGAAGCCUGUGAGUCACGCCUCACACUUGCCAUCUUAACAUAUUCUACCAGAGCUUCCACCCAAACCGAAUACACUUUAUUUUCAUACCUGAAUCCAGUCACUGUACAUCCCAUCUUUGCCAUGCCGUGUGAGUGAAUACAG